AUUGUUUAUUGAUUUUAACUGAAAUAUUUUUAUUAUUAUUUUGACCAUAUAAAAUAAGGGAUUAUUUAGGCGAAUAGUUACAUUUCAUUAAAAUAUGAAUACAUUGAAAUGCUCUGUAAUGGAUAAUAUAUCACAAAAAUAAAUGUUUCCAAUUAGUACACCUUACACAGAACAACAUUGCAAAACAGAUAAAAGAGAGGAUUUAAACAAUGUGAAUAACUGUAACAUUCCAAUCACAGUCAUGCAAACUGAAGAUAAGUCCAUAAAUAUUGGUGAGACAGACAAGUGUUUAGUCAGUUCAGAAAUUCGAAACUCUCGAAUGAAUAACAGUUAUCGAAAUAUACCUAGAAGUUCAUCUUCUACAAGACAACUACAUAAAUAUUCUGCUCCUCAUCCACUGAUGUACUACAAAAUAGCAGGAAAUACAACUCUUGUUAAACAAGCAAAUAAAAAUACUGUAAAAAGAUCCAGUUCACUUGGAUCAUUGUCUAACAGACCUCCAUUUUAUCCUCCUGGUCCGCAAUCCUGGGAUGACGUAAACGCUCAUUCGAAUACACCGCGUAUACAAAGAAUACGAAUGGCUAGAGAAUGGUAUAAAAGAUCGAAUUCCCUAAAAUUUAUUGGUUGUGGGACAGAAUCAGGUAAAAGAAUGGGUAUUCCAACAAAUACUCAGAGCAGUACAAAAUAUGUUUCACCAAUACAAAAUACGACUAAUCAGAGACCAGUAAGCGUUGAUCGAAAAAACUCGAAACCUUCACUUCGUCCUUGGGAAUCGUAUAGACUUAGACCAUGUUCAUUCAACUCAUUAUGGUCGUUGAACUAUAUGAAUGAAGAUCACAAAACAGUACAUCAUCCACAUAAUGAUGUUCAUUCACCAUUUUGGUGUACUGAUGAUAAAUGUUCAUUUCGUUCUCAUAGCCACUCAACUGAAUCAUUAAACAAUAAAGUGUCAAAAUGCAUCAACCAACACAAUCCAAAGCCGUCGAUUUCUCAUCUAAAUAAGGAUUUCCGAAUGUCUGCAGAUAAAUAUGAUUCCAUCAACCAAGAUAGUAUGAUAAGUCCAUCAGAAGUAUGCAACGAAGGGAAAACACGAGGAAGCUACAAUUUAGAUAAAAAUUUAUUUAAUUAUAAACCAUAUUUUCAAUCUUUAAGAAAGCUAAAUCUAAUUGCACAACCAGCGCAUACGAGUCUUUGUAAUACGACAAAUCAUCCCCUUAUAAAGCCUUCUUAUUCAACAUCUAACCUAUUAAAUUCUAAGCAUUAUAUAUGUCAACCCGUGAAAACUAAUUCGAUUUGUAACGAAACACUAAAGCCAUUGAUAAUGGAUAAUAUGAAGAGAAAGACAGAUAAACCUCGCUAUCGAUCUAUUGCAUAUAAAUCAAUUUGUCCGAAUAAUGAAAAACAUAUUUCAAGUGUAUUUCAAUCUUAUCCCAAACAGCUGAUUAUUCACAGUGAGGAUUUCAUUUCAAGGUUUGGUCAUAAUGCUUUUGUUAAAACAACUGGCAAUAAACAGGAUAUUAGUUUGUUAAAAGGUCGCAUCACACAUGACUUAACAUUUGUUCCAGUAGACAAUACAAUACCAUGGUGGACAAGAUCAUCAUUAAAUCAUUCAGUUAGUUAUAUUUUCAAUUACACCGGUGAUAGGUAUUUUACUAUGCUUCCUAUUCAUUUGUCUGUUGAACAUUAGUUGAUUUGUAUUUAAAGUCUGGUACUAGUGUACUCAUAGAAAACAUCUUGGUAAUUUAUUCACACAGUGAUCGAAUCUUGUAUCUGUGAAGAAUGCUUAAAAUGAGAGAAUGCUUUCCGUAAUGAAGGAAAGAACAAAGCCGUAAUUACCAUCUUGAAAUUAAGUUUAUUUCGGCGAUGCAAAACACUAAUCAUUUCAAGGAAUAAAGUACAUAAAUAAUUACACUUUACAAUAGUGAUAAAAAAUAACCAAAAACUUACAGGGUGGAAAAACUUAUGGUAUUAACAGAUAAAAUUAUUAGUCGUCGAUGAAAAAAGACAGAAUGAAAAGAUCCAACGUUUUUGAGUUUUACUAAAUACUGUUGGAUUUUUUAAGCAAAGUCCUCAUUUCUUUCAGCUGUUUCAUUAGUUAGCCCUGAAUAUUGUAUUUUGUGAAAUCAAUAUAGUUUUUCACAGAAGAUUAUGGAAUCUGGUAUUGAAUGGAUUUGACUUAAUAAAAUAAUCAUUCAUUACUCCAAUCGGUUGAUCGCUAAUGUCUGAGUAGUCAAUAUGUUGUUCACAAAUCUAAAUUAUCUUGGUCUUAUUUUCAGGAUACUUAGCGCCCAAGUUUAAUCUAUUUAAUGAUAUUGUCCCAGUUAGUUGGAAACUAUUCACCAGUUAUUGUCUAGGCCAAGAUUUAAUGAUCACUGGUUAUGAUAAUGAAUAUAAUUAAGUGGUAUAACAAUAUUCAAUGUUCACUAUAGACUGAUUAUAGUUAUUCAGCUUGAAAUCUCUUACUAUGAAGAUGUUUAAGAGUUUGAGGUGGUUUAUAUACCAAACUAUUUAAUAUGAGAAUAUCAUAUUUGUCGAAAAUUUAAUUCGCGGUGAUUUUCCA